AUGGCCUACGAGCGCUACGUUGCCAUCUGCAAGCCCCUGCACUACGGGACCCUCCUGGGCAGUAGAGCUUGUGCCCAGAUGGCAGCAGCUGCCUGGGGCAGUGGCUUUCUCAAUGCUCUGCUGCACACGGCCAGCACAUUUUCCCUGCCCCUCUGCCAAGGCAAUGCUGUGGACCAGUUCUUCUGUGAAAUCCCCCACAUCCUCAAGCUCUCCUGCUCAGAUGCCUACCUCAGGGAAGUUGGGCUUACUGCAAUCAGCUUCCGUUUAGGUAUUGGUUGUUUUGUUUUCAUUGUGUUAUCCUAUGUGCAGAUCUUCAGGGUGGUUCUGAGGAUGCCCUCUGAGCAGGGCCGGCACAAAGCCUUUUCUAUGUGCUUCCUUCACUUGACUGUGGAUUCCCUGUUUGUCAGCACUGCCAUGUUUUCCUACCUGAAGCCCCCCUCCAUUUCUUCCCCAUCCAGGGACCUGGUGGUGGCAUUUCUGUACUCAGUGGUGCCUCCAGCAGUGAACCCCCUCAUCUACAGCAUGAGGAACAUGGAGCUCAACCAUGCACUGAAGAAUCUAUUUCAAUUGUCUUCUAGCAGCAAUUACCUGAUGCUCUGCUGCUGA